AUGGAUAGGGAAGAAGAUUUAGGAAUAGUCAUUAGUAGGAGUUGGUAUCAAAUUCUUAGUAUAAAAAUACCUGAUAAAAAUAUUUUAAGAUUUCCAUUAUCAGAAAUCUCAUCUGUGGUAGUCACAUCUGAAAAUGCUAUUGACAUAAAAAGAGCCAAUGGAUUAACAGUCCAAAUAUUAUCUGAAGAAAAAAAUUACAAAAAAGCAAUAUCUGUGUUUCUUUGCUUAGAAAGAAUGGAAAAAAUAACAAAUGAAUGUAAUAUUUUUUAUGAUUGGGAUAUUGAUCCUUGGAGUAGUUCUUCUUCAGAAUUAUCUGAAAAUCAAGAAUCUGAUUUAGAAAUUUUGGAUAAUAAUACAAUUCAAAAUGAUAUUAGUGAAGAAUCUCAAUUUUUUUAUGGUAGUAAUAUAAAAAUUAUUACUGGAGUAUUAUAG